CAACUAACAUCUGACUAAUCCAAGGCACAAAUAUGGGUACCAUUGCCAAAUUAUCGAUUGUUAAGGGCCAACAAUUGGAAAUUGUUUCCCGACCUUUGCAUAGAAUCUUUGAAGAAAAUCUACCACAUCAUUCACAUGAAACAGCUUUAAUUUCCAAUCAGGACAACAGCAAUGACUUGCAAACUCCCAGACAAACCACCUACUUGCAUAUGAAUCAACGGGCCAAUCAAUGUGCCCGCCUUUUGGUGCGUGAGGCCACCCAACGUUUUGCCCCACCCAACUCGGAUGGUGACUUUAUUGUGGCCGUAUGCAUGCAACCAUCCGAUGCUUUGGUCACCACACUUUUGGCCAUUUGGAAAUCGGGUGCUUCAUAUCUGCCCAUAGAUCCCACAUUUCCCAUCAAUCGUAUACAACACAUUUUAAAGGAAUCAUGUCCGAUUUUGGUGAUUCACGACGAUGAUGUGGAUAAGUCACGUUUCGGUGCUGUACCCACUUUGACCAUAACCGAGUUAAGCAUGAAUUCGUCGCAAUUGAAGGAGGAAAAUUUAAUGUCUGAUGAAAUGUUGGACGAUGGUGACACAGACUUGGCAAUUGUUUUAUAUACUUCCGGUAGCACUGGUAUACCAAAGGGUGUGCGUUUGCCUCAUGAGGUUCUUUUAAAUCGUUUACAAUGGCAAUGGUCUACAUUCCCCUAUACGGCCCACGAAACGGUGGGAGUUUUUAAGACGGCCUUGACAUUUGUUGAUUCGGUGGCUGAAUUGUGGGGACCGCUAUUGUGUGGUCUAGCAAUUUUGGUGGUGCCCAAAGCCAUUACCAAAGAUCCCGAACGUUUGGUUGAGGUAUUAGAGAAAUAUAAAAUACGUCGUUUGGUGCUAGUGCCCACUCUGUUGCGUUCUCUACUCAUGUACCUAAAAUUAGAUGGUGGCAACAAUCGUAAUGCAGCAGCUACUAAUACCGAAAGUAAACUUUUGUACAACUUACAAAUAUGGGUGUGUUCGGGUGAACCAUUACCCGUUGCCUUGGCCAUGCAUUUCUAUGACUACUUCGAAGAGGGAACCCACACGUUGUAUAAUUUCUAUGGAUCAACUGAGGUAAUGGGUGAUGUUACCUAUUUUACGUGUGAGAGUAAAAAACAAUUGCAACAUUUUGAACGUGUCCCGAUUGGAAUACCCGUCUGUAAUACCGUGCUAUAUCUUUUGGAUACGGAUUAUAGGCCGGUGAAGAAUGGAGAAAUUGGUGAAAUAUUUGUAUCGGGUUUGAAUUUGGCCAAUGGUUAUGUAAAUGGUCGUGAUCCGGAGAAGUUUUUGGAAAAUCCUUUGGCGGUUGAAUUGAAAUAUUCCCGCAUUUAUCGCACUGGUGAUUAUGGUUCCCUUUACGAUGGUUACAUUAUGUAUGAGGGACGCACCGAUUCUCAAAUCAAAAUACGCGGUCAUCGUGUCGAUCUUUCUGAAGUUGAGAAAAAUGUUGCCGAACUAUCUGAGGUGGAAAAGGCCAUAGUGCUUUGUUAUCAUGCCGGUCUAGUCGACCAGGCUCUAUUGGCUUUCGUUAAACUACGUGAUGAUUCUCCACUAAUGACAGAACUGCAACUAGAAGCCAAAUUAAAAGAUAAAUUGGCCGAUUACAUGAUACCACAAGUGGUAUUAAUUGAUCAGGUACCUUUGCUGGUCAAUGGCAAAGUUGAUCGUCAGUCUUUGUUGAAACUCUAUGAAACGGCCAACAAUAAUGAGGGAGAUUCCAGCAUUGUCUUGGACUUUGAUUACUCCCAAAUACCCGAUGAACUGAGAUCAGUGGCUGAGGAUCUAUUCGAGACGGUAGGCAGUGUAAUUGGUCGUUCGACUAGAACCACUCUGGCACCACACAGUAAUUUCUAUGAAUUGGGCGGAAAUUCUCUUAAUUCAAUUUACACCGUCACGCUAUUAAGAGAUAAAGGCUAUAGCAUUAGUAUUUCGGAAUUUAUAGCGGCCAAGAAUUUGGGUGCAAUAUUGCAAAGCAUGACCAAAGAUCGUGAGAUAAAUAUGGUGGAAGAUACAGAGGUUUGGAUAAGUGCUUGUCCUCAUUUGGACCUGGAGGCUAUACCCUUGCAAUAUUCUCAUAAAACUGAUGUAAUACAAAUUAUUGUGGACAGUUUUUAUGGCAAAGCAGAUUUGGAGCAAUGGCUUAAACCCGAUAUCUUGCGCACAGAUUAUAGUGAUAUUAUUUCGGAUAUUUGGAAUGAAUUAGUGGAAAAGGAUUUAAGUUUUGUGGUUUAUGACAGAAAUACGAGCAGAGUUAUUGGCACCGCCUUAAAUUUUGAUGCCCGUGCUGAGCCCGAAGUUGAUGUCAAAUCAAAGUUGAUAAUUGUAUUUGAAUUUUUGGAAUAUGUAGAAGGGCCUAUUAGAGACAAUUAUUUGCCCCAGGGUUUAAACAAAAUAUUGCACUCUUUUAUGAUGGGCACUCAUGCUGAUUUGAAUCCUCAAGAAAAUAUUGCCUGCAUGCAUUUUAUGGAACAUGAAGUUUUAAGAUUGGCCAAAGCAAAACAAUUUGCCGGUAUUCUAACCACCAAUACCAGUCCUCUAACACAGCAAUUGGGCAAUGAUGUCUACAAUUACAAAACACUAUUGGAUUAUCAGGUCAAUGAAUAUGUUUAUUCCGAUGGCACUCAUCCCUUUGGCAAGGCUCCCGAUUCCCAACGAGCCAUUGUUCAUUGGAAGGAAGUGACACCUUAAGCACUUACAUACAUAUUAUUAUAGUAUUGUUGUUAAAUUAACAUUUAAAAAAUUAUUCAGUAUUUAGAAUUUAAUGAAAAGAAUCUCUUAGAAAUUCAUCUUAAAAAAAAGAGAAUUUCAUUCCAUUUAGUGCUCUUUAGUAUUUAAUCUAUGAAUCUACAAACAUAAGUGUACCUGUGUAAAACAUUUGCUUAACAUCAUUUACUAUUCCCACUCAUACAUUUCAUUUUUUUCUGAUUUUUUCUUGUUUUUUUUAGAUGUCAUUGGCAUUAAUUUUGAUGUUAAUUAGUUUAUAAGUCAAACGUAUUCUAUUUUUUUCGUUUGAUAGUUUUUAAGUUUAAUUUUAGUUCAAUAUACAUACAUACUGCAUAUUUUCAAAUAAAUUUAAUAACUAUAAACAUAAAGGUACAACAUACAUAA